UGGCAUUGGUACAUAACUGCCCAAGAGGAUUAUUUGUUCAAGUGAUAUUCAGCAAUGAGGCCAGCACGGGUGCCAUCGAACUCAAGAUUCCUGAAUCCGUACUUAGUAUGUUUUAUUGUGGUUGCAGUGGUGAUAAUUCUAGCAGUGACAAUAGCUCUACUGGUCUACUUUUUAGCUUUUGAUCAAAAAUCUUACUUUUACCAUAGCAGCUUUCAAAUCCUAAAUGUUAAAUACAGUGAUCAGUUAAACUCACCAGCUACACAAGGAUAUAAGACUUUGAGUGGAAGAAUUGAAUCUGCGAUCACUAAAACAUUCAAAGAAUCAAAUUUAAGAAAUCAGUUCAUCAAAGCUCAUGUUGUCAAACUGAGGCAAGAUGGCAGUGGUGUGACUGCAGAUACGGUUAUGAAAUUUAAAUUCCCUAGAAAUAACAAUGGUGAAUCAAUGAAAAACAGAAUUGAGUCUAUUUUACAUCAAGUGAUGAAUAACUUGGGAAACUUGGAAGUAAACCCUUCAACUGAGAUAACACAAAUUACCGACCAGGAUACAGUACAUAUUUUUACUCAAGAGUGUGGGGCCCGUUCGGACCUAAUGACAUUGUCUAACGAGAGAGUCGUGGGAGGCACUGAUGCUGAGGAAGGAGACUGGCCAUGGCAAGUCAGUCUACAGUUAAAUAAUAUUCACCACUGUGGAGGCAUCCUGAUCAGUAAAUCGUGGAUCCUGACAGCAGCUCAUUGUUUCAGAAGUGACUCUGAUCCUCGUAACUGGAUUGCCUCCUUUGGUAUUUCCAUAACAUUUCCUAAAGAGAGAAUAAGAGUAAAGACUAUUUUAACCCAUAAGAAUUAUAAUUCUGCAACUCGUGAAAAUGAUAUUGCAGUUCUGAAACUUGAAAGAGAUAUCAGCUUUACCAAAAACAUCCACAGGGUGUGUCUCCCAGUGGCUACCCAAAAUAUUUCACCUGGUUCUAUGGCUUAUGUAACAGGAUGGGGAUCUAAAAGAUAUGGCGGCCAAACAGUUCAAGAUCUACAGCAAGGACAGGUCACCAUAAUAAGUAAUGAUGUAUGUAAUGAACCACUUAGUUAUAAUGGAGCAGUCUUGUCUGGAAUGCUAUGUGCUGGAUUACCUUACGGUGGAGUGGAUGCAUGCCAGGGUGACUCUGGUGGUCCACUCGUACAAGAGGACUCAAGGCAACUCUGGUUCCUCGUGGGAAUAGUAAGCUGGGGGGAUAACUGUGGUCUGGCAGAUAAGCCAGGAGUGUACACUCGAGUGAUGGCCUACCGUGACUGGAUAACCGAACAAACUGGAAUCUAGUGCAAUAAAUGCCUCUCUGUCACAAAGUCUACAUACAGCUGUGCCUGUCUAAAAUUCCAAAACUUUAUUUUUCAGCUGCAAAAGAAACGGGAAGUUUCUAAUAUCCUGCUACAUAAAUAUGGUUUCACAAACACUAUUUGAUCUUUCUUUAGUACUAUGGAUUUUCUAGUUUCUCAAGAAAAACAUAUGAAUAUUAAAUCGUACUGUGGCUAUGUGCCAGGGGAAAGAUAGAAAACUAGUUACAGAGAGAAGAAUUUAAUUAUAAUUGUGAUAAGUGCCAGUAGUGAGGAAAACAGGUUCUCAAGAGUGGAUACUAGGGGAAUCUGGACACAUCUGAAGUCACAAGUGUCUUCUCUGAAGAAGUCUCACUGAAGCUGAUAAGUGGGCAAAGUAUCAAAACUUGCAAAGGAAGGAAUGGUGGAAUAACAUUCAAGACAAACAGAACAACGUGAAGCAAUAAAACUAGUAUUUAUUCAAAAUUUCUGCUUACUCAAUAUUUUACAGGUAGUGUAAGUCCUGAAAUUAAGUAUACGAAGCCAUUGUGCAAUUCUACAGCAAUUUUAAUUAUCCUGUAAGAACAUGCUUCCAUAAGGAACUAACUGAUGAAUUUCAGGCAUUUAAGAUCAAAGCUAAAAUAUUUGCUCCUCAACUAAGACAAAAACCAUUACAGAUAAUUUUCAUGAUUACUUUUAUUAAAAAUAUUCAUCUAUAUGAAGGAGAGAAUUUAUUUCCUCCAUAGAGAAGCUUAUGAAAUAUACCUACACAACCUUCUCAGGUAACUUACAACUACAGUGUUUUUGUACAACUAAAUAAGAGUAAUUUUAAGAACUUAAGAUCACCAGUGGCAGUUAUUUUUGAGUUUAAGAAUCCUCAAUACCUAAACACAAAUAAUGAAUUGAAAGUCACGAGGAAAAAAAAAAAAAAGGAAGAGUUGGUUUGCAAAGAGAAAGGCUUAAUUUCAAUAACAUUAUCAUAGAAAGAGAAAGAACUUCUCUCUCUCAAUCUCUCAAUCUCUCUCUCCCUCUCCCUCUCUUUUCCUUUCUUAAACAAACACACACACACACACACACACACACACAUAUAAAUUAAAUAAAAUGCAUUAAAAUUUAAUGGCACAGCAAUUUAUAUAGCCUAAAUUAUGAAUGUCACUGAAUUUUUAUGGGAUCCUAGCAUAGCUAAAGCAUGGUUAUGCAUGAUCAUCUGUGUGUCAGGGCUUCUUUCUAACUUAUGACACCCGAGUAUCAGAAUACCUACAUGAAUUGUGAUGAAAACUUCUCAUGUAAAAUUGUUAGCAGACCUACAUUGACGUCAU